UAAUCUUGUGAUCGAUCACUCUCACUCGCGAUUACCUGAAGUAUGGCUUGGCGAGGUCUGACCAGUCAAGUAUAAAUAAGCCCUUUUGUUUUCAGCAACUUUGCGAGUGAUGAUCACCGGAGAGUCGGUGCCGAUUCUCGAAGCCGUCUGCCCGGGGUAACCAGCAUUUUUAAGGCAAGCAAAUUUAGUGCAUACUUAUGGAGCUGGCGGGGCUCGGACGGGAGUCACCGGCGGCUGGCCGCAAUUUCGAAUCCCUCGAGUGCCGAAGCUUCUGGAGGGCUGGAAACUACGAGGUUAAGUCCUCCCUUCUACCUUCGCCACAAGAAUCCUCCGAGUUCGAUCGGGCGCGCGUCCACCCCAAGUUUCUGCACUCCAAUGCCACCUCCCACAAAUGGGCUUUCGGAGCCAUUGCUGAACUUCUUGAUAAUGCUGUUGAUGAGAUAUGCAAUGGUGCAACAUUUGUCAAGGUAGAUAAAAUGAUCAAUCCAAGAGAUAACAGUCCUAUGUUGCUUGUUCAAGAUGAUGGUGGGGGAAUGGAUCCAGAAGGCAUACGCCAUUGCAUGAGCUUGGGAUUCUCAAAGAAGAACUCAAAGACCACAAUAGGACAGUAUGGUAAUGGCUUUAAGACGAGUACUAUGAGAUUAGGUGCUGAUGCAAUUGUAUUCACUCGUGCUAGUCGUGACUGCCAUGAAACUCAAAGCAUCGGCCUUCUAUCAUAUACAUUCUUGAGAAGAACAAUGAAAGAUGACAUCAUUGUGCCAAUGGUUGAUUUUCAAAGUUAUGAAAAGGAAAUGAAACCAUUAGUUUAUAGUUCACAGGAUGAUUGGGAUGAUAGCUUAGGAGUAAUUCUUGAUUGGUCACCAUUUUCUUCGAAAGUGCAGCUCCUGCAACAGUUUGAGGGUGUUGGAUCUCAUGGAACAAAAGUGUUAAUAUAUAAUCUUUGGAUGAAUGAUAAUGGCCUUCUGGAAUUAGACUUUGAUGACGAUGACGAGGAUAUACGGUUGAGGGAUCGAUCCAGUAGCGAAGGCUUUUCAAGGUUUCAUAAGGAAAUAGUUCAAACGCAUAUUUCUUAUACCCUUAGAUAUUCGUUGAGGGCAUAUUCAUCCAUCCUUUAUCUUAGGACUUUUACAAACUUUCAGAUUAUCUUAAGAGGCAAACCUGUGGAGCAAAUAAAAAUUGCAGAUGAAUUGAAAUUCAGGAAAGCAGUAACCUAUAAGCCACAGACAGGCUUGGCUUCAGAAGAUGCAGUGGCAAGAACAACAAUUGGUUUCGCAAAAGAGGCCCCUGUUCUUGGUAUUUUUGGGGUAAACGUCUAUCACAAGAAUCGCCUUAUCAUGCCUUUUUGGAAAGUGCUUCAAGAAGGUUCUAGUCGUGGGAGAUGUGUUGUUGGAAUCAUUGAAGCAAAUUUUAUUGAGCCGGCUCAUGACAAACAGGAUUUUGAAAGAACACCCUUGUUUAUUAGAUUGGAGACAAAACUUAGACAAGUGAUACUUGAAUAUUGGAAAGCUCAUUGUCACUUGAUCGGUUAUCAACCAAUUGCUCCAGAGAUUGGUAAUAAGCACAAAGAGGCUAUCAGGCAUUCUCGUGGACCUGGCAAAAACACACAGCAGAAGUCUAGUGGUCAUGGCAUUACACCUUUCCCUCACUCAAAGCAUGAAUAUCAAGUUGAGACAAGCAAUGGAGAACAAAUAGUUGCCCUUCCUGCUCCUAAUGGUUCUCCAGCAGCAUCUUUUGUUCAAGAUCCUACUCGUGGUUCUAUAAUGGAGGAUGUGUCCGAUUUUGGACAGGAUCAUGAAGAAAUCAGCUGUAUAGAUGUUGAAGAUUCAAAUUUGGAUGAAAAAAUGGUUGAAGAAAAUUUGCAACUCUUCAAUAGGUGUGAGCAGCUCCAGCUCAGGCAGGCUGAGCUGAAACAAACGGUUGGCGAGCUCGAACGAGAACUCGAAAGGGCCAAACGACGGUGUACUCGACUUUCUUCUGAGCUUGAGGAACGGAGAAAGCAGCAAAACCCCAUGAUGAGUAUUCACUAGUACCUUUUUCGUUAUAUGUAUUACUGUUAAAUUAUUGUAGCUCAGAAGUGUGUUUCAUUUCUCUGAAUAUUAGUAUAUGAUCUAACAGUUAUAUAGAUCAUACAAGAUAAGAUUAACCCUCUUGAUCAUCUUCAAUAAUCUACUCAAUAUAUUUUUUCUUUUUAUUUCAAAAUUUCUGUUGCAGCUUAAGAUGUUUAACUGUUUUUGUAUUUUAGAAACUUUGUUCUCCACCACAAAGUCGAUGAAGCUAAUGCAGGACCUCUUAAGUUUCCACCA